CAGUGUUCCCUCUCAACAUCAUUCUUGGUAACCAAUUUUUAUCAUUUUGAAUUUAGUUGGGAAUUAGUUUAGGUAAAAGAUGUUUUCGUAUUUUCGUGUCCGAUCAUCUUCACGAGAGGAUUUAUCUGAACAAAAGAAAUUGCCGAAAAAGGGAAAUUUGCAUCGAUCUGCAAGUGAGAAUAAUGGAAAAACCAUUGAUAAGAGAUAUGUUGCAGCGCACAGUACUGUCAAGAUGUCAUUGACACACUCGAGGACAGAAAUUCAAAGAAACAUAUGGACUUCCACAUCACUGCCUAGUUCCUCGCGCACAAGAAGUGACGCUGUAGCCUUCAGAGUACCUCAUCCUAUAAAUACACCAAUUCCUCCUAUGGAGCAAGGAUUUUCAGGCAGUAAUUCUUUUGGAGGUGAGCAAAUGCACCGGUCUACAAUUGAUUGGGAUCACUCAUUAAUUUCUAUUGUUCCGUGGCGUUUGUUGAGGUUUUUUGGAGUUGGACAUAUCAAGCCAUCUGUGCCACCAAAAACGUCAAGAAAAGAAGCUCAUAAUAAAACAAAAUACAAAGUCAAAAAGACUAACAAACGUUUCGAUAACACAGGAAAUGAGUCCUUACCUAUUUAUCAGACACACUCCAAAAACAGGGGGCUAGCUCUUAUAGUCAAUAAUGUGAAAUUCCAUGAAGAAGAACUGUACAGAAAAGGGGCUAAGAAAGAUGAAAAGGACAUCGCCGAUGUGCUCAAACAGAUUGGCUUCGAUGUGGAAAGGUUCCGCGAUGUGAAAAAGACUGAUAUCCAACGGAUACUGAAGCGAUUCACAAAAGAACCAAAAUUGAGCAAGGCAGAUAUAUGCCUUGUGGUUGUCAUGAGCCAUGGGACCAAUAAUAAAAUUCCUGGUGGCUACACUGAACUUAUGUGUGUUGAGGGUGAAAAAAUUUCGACCGAAAAUAUCAUCGACUAUUUCAAUGAAUCUGAAUGUACUCGACUCAAGAAUAAGCCAAAAGUUUUCAUUUUCCAAUGUUGCAGGAAUUCUCCCUAUGAAAAUGAUAAAGUAUCAAUUAGUAAAAAACCACAAGAUAAGUCUAAUACUUUAAUAGCGUAUUCGACAAUUCCAGGUUUCUCAUCACACAGGCACGUGGAAGAUGGAACCUGGUAUAUACAAACGAUUUGUAAAGUUUUCUCAGAGCAUGCACAUCAAUAUCAUAUCGAAGAUUUGCUCAAGAUGGUGGACAAUGAAAUGAAAAAACUAGACCCACACCUGAAACAAGUUUCUAGCUAUGAAAACAGAGGUUUUCUUCACUGCUACUUACAUCCUCGUUAAAACUGCUCAUUCAAACCAGAUUCAGCGAUUUUCACCAAAAAUUAAUUCUAUUACUAAGACAUAGAAAAAAAAAUUGUUGAGGUGGAAACUCUUGAAAAGAAUGUUUCCUUGACCACCGAAAUCCUCGAUUUAAUUCAAUCACUUUAUUGACUGGGACAAGAACCCAACAAAGUUGGACCCGAUUUACGACUGAUGCAGAAUAUGGAUAAUGCCUAUUAAGCCUAUUCAUAUCUCGAAGUACUAUGCCGUACAUGUAGGAAAGAAUAAUCGUCAACUGACCUAUUGUUUGCAAUGUUCUCCGAUCGAGUCUACUGAUUCCCAUAUGGAUUUUGUUUAAUUGUUAACAAGACACCUACUUGGUCGGACCACAUAAUUGCUGUCACAUCCAAGGAUGAUAAGAUGCUAUGAUGGACAGU